UGAGAGCAGCUUCCAGAUUAUACCUUAGGUUGGGUUUGCGUUGGUUCCAUAAUUUUUCAGAAAAAAAGAAAAAAAAAAAAGGAGGUGGGUUGAAGACGCUGCUAGGGAGCAGGGAAGGAAUCGAAGACAUAAAACGCAGUGAGAGUGAGGGAGUGAGAGAGUGAGCAAUCGAAAUCAAGCAACAUGGAUAGAGAGUGGGGAUCGAAGCCUGGUAGCGGAGGCGCUGCCUCAGCUCAGAACGAGGCCAUCGACCGCCGUGAGCGCCUCCGUAGACUCGCCCUUGAGACUAUCGAUCUCGCUAAAGAUCCCUACUUUAUGCGCAACCACCUUGGAAGUUACGAAUGCAAGCUUUGCUUGACGCUGCAUAACAACGAGGGCAAUUACUUGGCCCACACACAAGGCAAGCGCCAUCAAACUAAUUUGGCUAAGAGAGCCGCCCGAGAGGCUAAGGAGGCUCCCGCUCAGCCUCAACCCCACAAACGCAAAGUCUCCGUUCGUAAAACUGUUAAAAUUGGUAGGCCUGGUUACCGUGUCACAAAACAAUUUGAUCCAGAGACGAAGCAAAGGUCGCUUCUCUUCCAGAUUGAAUAUCCUGAAAUUGAAGACCUCACGAAGCCAAGACACCGAUUUAUGUCAUCUUAUGAGCAGAGGGUUCAGCCCUUUGACAAGAGAUAUCAGUAUCUUCUUUUUGCAGCCGACCCAUAUGAGAUCAUAGCUUUCAAGGUUCCAAGCACAGAAAUUGAUAAAUCAACUCCGAAGUUCUUCUCUCAUUGGGAUCCAGAUUCAAAAAUGUUCACGUUGCAGCUAUAUUUCAAAUCCAAGCCACAAGAGGCAAACAAGCCUCAGCCUUCUCCAGCAGCCAAUGGCCCAACCGCUCCUGGUGUUCCACCAAGGCCUUUGCCCCCUCCACCUCAAGCUCCUCCUCCUCCACCACCACAAGGAUUGCCACCAGGCGCACCCAUAGGAAACCCUCCUAGAGCCCCACCCACCUCUCUACCCGGAUCCUUACCACCACCACCACCACCUCCAAUGGCUAAUGGCCCUAGGCCUAUGCCCCCUGGAGGAGCUCCACCAGCCCCUCCUCCACCCCCAGCUACUAAUAACACAAUGGCAAAUUUCACUCCCGGUGCUCAGAUGGGUAGGCCUCCAACAAUGCCACCUCCACAAGGUUUUCCCGGGCAAGGCAUUCGUCCACCCCCACCACCUAAUAUGGGAUAGUCGACCUUGAAGCUGCCUGUAUCACACCUGGGCGUUCUAUAGAGGUUGUGCGAAGGAUAUUUUGAAGCAUGGUGUAUCUUAUAUUUAAUCCAUAUAGACUGUACAAGGGUUAAAAGCUACGAGGACCCAAUUAGGCUUUGAAUUGACACCUAGCAUUUAUCCUUUGAUUACCUAUUAGCCUGUCAAUUUUGAACCCUAUAAAGAUAUUUUUCCCCAUAGUGUACUAGCUAUUUAUUAUAAUUCAUUUUAUUUCA